CAUUUAGCAACCAAAAGACCACAAUUAAUAAAUAAAAAUAGGAGUAACUAAGAUUUUUUCAGUUGUUCAAGAGAAAAAAAUCAAACCAACUACUUUACCAGAUCUUUACUAAAUUAUCAAGCAAUUUGUGAAGUCCAAAUCCAAAAAUGCUCCCCAACCACUAGAUUGUUUGCAAAAUCUUGUCUUGGUAAUAUAACGGUAAUGUGGUGAAGAAUAUUCAGUGGCAGUUGUGUCUUUUUUCCCAAAAGAACACAAAAUUAUUAAUAGGGUCCCCAAAGUUUCAUGGAUAGAAAUUUUCCAAUCUAAAUUUUCCUAUUUUCUUUCUUUCUCUCUCUCUCAAAAAAACUUCAAGAAACAGUAGAGACAUUUCUCAAAGAUAUUCCCUUUCUCUCUAUCUGGGUGUUUCCAAGAUCUGAUUUUACUCACUUUCUCUCACUAAAGAUUGGAUCUUUACAUAGUUAUUUUCAGUUUUCAACUUUGGCAUUGUUGUACAUGUAAUAGAGAUCAUUGACAACUGUUGUUUUGUUGAGCUUUUUAUUUAUUAGUGGAGCAUUUAAUAAAAGCACUUUCAUUUCCAGCUAUACCCCAAAAUUUGUUGUCAUAUAGUGCUUCCCACACACUCCUUUUUUUAACUCAUUAUUGGAUCUUGAAAUCUUGAACAAAGUUUCCAUCUUUGCCCUUGCUGUUCUGAUUUGGGGUUGUUUCUGGGUUUUGACUGCAAGAUUUUUGGCGGGUCUUGUUUGAAUCUGAUCAUUUUUGGGGUACUUUUGGUUUCUUGAAGUUUGUUGAUUGAUUCUUGGAGGUUUUGCUUGAGCUACUUUUGUGAUAAGGCUUUUGGCCUUUACUUAUUGCUAGCUGUGGUUUGUGGUUUUAAUGCUUGCCACCUGAAAUAUGCAGCCUGAUCAGAGGAAAAAGGGGUCUGCAGAUGUAGAUUUCUUCACUGAAUAUGGUGAAGGGAGCCGAUACAAAAUCGAGGAAGUGAUUGGCAAAGGUAGCUAUGGUGUUGUCUGCUCUGCAUAUGAUACCCAUCUAGGGGAAAAAGUUGCAAUCAAGAAGAUAAACGACAUCUUUGAACAUGUCUCUGAUGCCACACGUAUCCUUCGCGAGAUCAAGCUUCUUAGGCUUCUUCGUCAUCCAGAUAUAGUGGAAAUUAAGCAUAUCUUGUUACCUCCUUCUCGGAGAGAAUUCAAGGAUAUCUAUGUUGUCUUUGAACUUAUGGAAUCCGAUUUGCAUCAAGUCAUUAAAGCAAAUGAUGAUCUGACGCCGGAACAUUAUCAAUUUUUUCUUUAUCAGCUUCUUCGAGGGCUAAAAUAUAUACACACAGCUAAUGUCUUUCACCGUGACCUGAAACCCAAAAAUAUAUUAGCAAAUGCCGACUGCAAGCUCAAGAUCUGUGACUUUGGUCUUGCAAGAGUGGCCUUCAAUGAUACUCCAACAGCUAUAUUUUGGACAGAUUAUGUUGCCACGAGGUGGUAUAGGGCUCCCGAAUUGUGUGGAUCAUUUUUCUCUAAGUAUACACCAGCAAUUGAUAUAUGGAGCAUUGGGUGCAUAUUUGCAGAACUAUUAACUGGAAAGCCUCUCUUUCCGGGUAAAAAUGUGGUUCAUCAAUUAGACUUGAUGACCGAUCUGUUGGGCACACCAUCUUCAGAAUCCAUUGCCAGGAUAAGAAAUGAAAAGGCUCGGAGGUAUUUGAGCAGUAUGCGUAAGAAAAAGCCUGUGCCUUUCUCCCAUAAAUUUCCGCAUGCAGAUCCCCUUGCACUUCGUUUGCUAGAAAAGAUGCUUGCUUUUGAUCCUAAGGAUCGUCCUACUGCAAAAGAGGCUCUUGCAGAUCCAUAUUUCAGGAAUCUGGCCAAAGUGGAAAGAGAACCUUCUGCUCAACCUGUUACAAAAAUGGAGUUUGAAUUUGAAAGGCGAAGGGUGACAAAGGAGGACGUGAGGGAGCUAAUAUACAGAGAAAUUCUUGAAUACCAUCCAAAGAUGUUGAAGGAGUUCUUAGAGGGGCAGGAACCAACAAAUUUCAUGUACCCAAGUGCCGUUGACAAAUUCAAGAAACAAUUUGCAUAUCUUGAAGAGCAUUAUGGAAAAGGAGGAGGGGCUGUUGCUCCGCCUGAGAGGCAGCACUCAUCAUCCCUUCCCAGGGCUUGUGUAUUAUAUUCAGAUAAUUCAGUGCAAAAUCCAGUUGAAGUUGCAAAUGAUCUUUCUAAGUGCUCUAUCAAAGAAGGCGAGAGACCACAUGUAGAGCGGAGUUCAAUGAUCCCCAUGACAAGGCUGCCUCUCCAAGUUCCCCAGAAUGUUCAAGGUGGUGCUGCAAGACCGGGGAGGGUCGUUAGUUCAGUGAUGCGCUACAACAACUGUGGAGCAGCAGUGACGACAGCAGAGGUCAUUGAACAGCGGAAAAUUGCAAGGAACCCUGGUGGUCCGACUCAAUAUCCCAUUUCUAAUGCUUCAUACCCUAGAAGACAUCCCAGCUGUAAAAAUGAAAGGGGUGAGGAUAGUAGUGACGGUUCCAAUGGUGUGCAGCCAAAACCUGAACAGUACAUGGCAAGAAAAGUUGCUGCAGCUCCAGGUGGACCUGGUAGUCAAUGGUAUUAAAUUUAUGGGAUCUCCGAUUAGCCAUCUCACACUCAGCUUCCCAGUUCAGCCAUGCACUCAGCUUACAUUCCGUAAGGAUGGUUCACUCAUAAAACACACCAGAUCCAAGUUAAUUUGACUGUCAGCCAUAAGUUAUCAGCAAGGCCAAGUCCAGCAUUGCUUGGUAAUUGACUCGAGGCGAGCACUUGAACUUGAAGAGUCCUAAUAUGUGAUUUUGGUGGGUUCACAUGUCUACGUACAACUCGUUACUUGUAUUCCUUAACUUUAGAAGGUUCAACAUGGAGUCUCCUCCAUGACCCCACUCAUGCUCUGAUCGGAAUAGAAAUAGAAGGCACUGAUAAAGGUGGAUGUUGGUAUCUGAUUACAAGAACUACUGGUAUCAGUUACUUCAUGUUUCUGUUUUCUUUUCCCCUCCCUUAAUUCUUUGCAAAAAUAUUGUAGACACGCUACUUUGUUAUGACUAAGACAAUGAUAAUCUUAACGAGUAACCUGUAACAUUCUUUACUUAAAUAAGGACCUCUAUGUUUCUAAA